CAGGCGGAGGAUCCGGAGCGGGGCCGGCCGUGCCGGGCGUGCCGAGAGCUCUGUCCCGGCUUCCAGGAGCACCCAUGGAGAGCGCCGUGUCCCCCCAGGAAGAUCUGCCAGCACUGCAAGUGCCCGCGGGGGGAGCACGUCGGAGGGGGGGUCCCCCCGGCCCUGCAGAGGGUCCUGGCCCGGCUGCUCCCCGACUCUCACCCCGCACCCGGCUCCGAGGAUUCGGGGUGCUCGGCCGAGGAGUUCGCCUGGGCCCCCCCCGGCCUCAGCCCUGACCAGGUGUCGCAGUACUUCGCGGCGCUGCCGCCUGCGCUGGUGCCGCGGCUGCGCAGCCCCGGGGAGCGGCAGCGGCUGCGGGAGCUGCUCCGGCAGCUGCCCCCGCACGACCUGGAGCCACAGUUUUGCCACGACCUGGACGAGGUCGAACGUCGGGAAUUGAAACUUUUUGCCCAACGCCGGAAACGGGAAAAUUUGGGCCAAGGGAGCGUCCGACCCCUUCCCCUCACCAGCGCCGGGGCCGUCUGCCAGCAGUGCGGGGGCCCGGUGCGGGGAGGGGCGCUGGCCGUGUUCGCGGCGCGGGCGGGGCUGGGGCUGUGCUGGCACCCCCAGUGCUUCCAGUGCCACCAGUGCCAGCAGCCGCUGGUGGACCUCGUCUACUUCUGCCCCGGGGGGGCCGGGGGGCCCAAAGAGCCCCCCCAGCCCCUGCUGCCCCCCCCCAGCGGGCUGCCUUACUACUGGAACGUGGAGACCGACCUGGUGUCGUGGCUGUCCCCCAACGACCCCAACUCCGUCAUCACCAAACCCGCCAAGAGGCUCAAGGGGAACCCAGAGCCUGAGGAGCCCCCCGAGAGGAGCCACGAGAAGGAGGAGCCGCCGCGGGAGCGCCGCUUUCACCGGCGUGAGGAACUGGCGCCGUACCCCAAGAGCAAGAAGGGCAGCCGCAAGGACGAGGAGCUGGACCCCAUGGACCCCAGCGCUUACUCAGACGCACCCCGGGGGACGUGGUCCACGGGGCUCCCCAAACGCAACGAGGCCAAGACGGGCGCGGACACGACGGCGGCCGGGCCCCUGUUCCAGCAGCGGCCGUACCCCAGCCCCGGCGCCGUGCUCCGCGCCAACGCCGAGGCCUCGCGCGGCAAGGACUGAGACCCCCGCAAUCGGGGUCCCCCCGAUCCUCCGGGACCCCCCCAAACUGGCACCGUCUGCUCCAGGAACCUCCAGAGCUCAGGGGAGCCUGGGCGAGCCCCUCGAAUCUCGCUGGGCUCCCUCAAACCCCAGGAACCCCCAAAGUUCAGGGGCUCCCCCGGGGCCCCCCAAGCCUGAGGGGAUUCCCUCAAACCAGGGGGGACCUUUCAACUCUGCCAAACACCAAGGGGUCCCUCAAAUCCCCUGGAACACCCCCAAAACCUCAGAGGAUCCCCCCAAACCCCUCCCAGACUUCCAGGACCUCUCACACACCCCGAGGUCUCCCUGGGCUCCCUCCUUUUGUUGCAAUAAAGGCGCCGCAGCCCACAGAGAGUGCAA